AUGCAUACAUGGCUAUGCUCAGCUUUGGAUGAUCGAGUUGCCUGUGCCGCACCUAUUAUUGGAGUGCAAGGAUUCAAAUGGGCAAUUGAGAACAACAUGUUCCAUGCGCGUGUGCAAUCAAUACCAAAGGUAUUCGAAGCGGCAAUGGUCGACAUGAAGAAGUGCGCAUUGGAUGGCGAGGUUGUGGAAGCAGUUUGGAAAAGGAUAAUGCCUGGUUUACUGGAUAGCUAUGAUGCAUGCCACUCUCUUCCUCUGAUUGCACCAAGACCGUUGCUGAUCAUCAAUGGUGAGCUGGAUGCCCGAUGCCCCAUAGAUGCUGUUCACAUCGCUCUAACUGCCACACGGUCUGCAUACAAGAAGCGCCCAGGGGACCUCCAGUUUUACGUUGAAAUGGGUGCCGGGCAUGAAGUCACUGAAGGGAUGAAGCAGAGUGUGCGUCAUUGGAUGGACAGGCACUUGCUUGGUGUUUAA